AUGAGAGUACUCUUUAUCCUAAGCUUCAUUGCUUGCUUAAUUGAAGCAUUUCCAUUCCAAUUCCAAGGAUUACGGUCAAAUGAUUUAACCUCUUUAUUAUUCACCCGAGACCAAGAUUCAUUAAGAGAUAGACUUAUCAAAUUAGGUCCAGAUGAUUAUAAAUUAGUUUCCGAGAAUGAGAAAUUGAAGUUAAAAAGAGAAGGUAUCAAUUUUAUUGAUGUCACUAACCAAAUCCCAAUUCCUGUUGAUUUUGCCGUUGAAGAAGGGAUAAUUACAAAACCUAAUCCUCCUGCUUCGUUUCUCCAAGAAUUGUUAUUGAUGGGAGCUAAACAACUCGAAUUCUUGAAAAAGCCAGUUCCAGUUUAUAAAUUCCCAAAGGAAGUUAAAUAUAAUGAAGAAGUUUCAAAAUUGUUCAAGGGGAUAGAUACUGACUUAAUGUUGAAAAACUUGGGGAAAUUCUCAUCUUUCUUUACAAGAUAUUAUAAAUCCCAAUAUGGGGUUGAUAGUGCUGAUUGGCUAUUCGAUGAGAUUUCAUCUAUAAUCAAACCAGUAAAUGAUAAAGUUAAUAUUACAAAAAUUCGUCACAAUGGUUGGGACCAAUAUUCAAUUAUCGUAUCAAUCCCAGGGAAAGUCACUGAUAAAGUAGUCAUUGGAGCUCAUCAAGAUUCAAUGAACUUGUUAUUCCCCAAUUUAUUAAAAGCACCAGGUGCAGAUGAUGAUGGGUCAGGUACAGUUACCACUUUGGAAGCCCAAUCUGAGUAUUAA